AUGGAGUCCCGGCUGAAAAUAGCAAGAGCCAGGGCGUUUCGACUCAGUUGCCUUACCGAACGGACACUCCAGGGAGCAACGAUGGAGUGUUUGAAAUUCGUGAUUGGAACAUUCCUCCUCCUCCUCCUCCUUUCCGCCCCGGCGAGAUGCGACGAAGACGGACUCUUCCGGAUCGGCGUCGGCAUCGCUGAUUGCACCGGGCCUGCUGCCGGAAUCGGCUUCAUUCUCACUCACGGACGCUUUGGAAUAGAGCAGAUGGGGUACGCCAACCCGAGUCAGACCGGAGCUGGAAUCCACACGAGACAGUUUUCCAGGGCAUACAUCAUCUGUGACGAUCCGGGAGAAUGCCUGGUCUUCGUGAUCGCCGACAUCGGCAUGAUGGACACAGCCGUGAAGACUCAGGUGGUGAGGAGACUCCAGGAAGAAUUCGGCGGAAUAUAUCACCAGGAAAAUGUGAUCCUUUCCGGGACCCACACGCACUCGGGAACGGCCGGCUUCCUCCAGUACCUCCUCUUCCAGAUCACGAACCUGGGGUUCUCGGAGGAAGCUUUCGACGCUUACGUGGAUGGCAUGGUCAAUGAGUCAGGAGAGUUAGUGAUAUCAGGAGGCGAUUUCGCCCAUUUCGAUAUCACGUGUCGAGGUGCAGAGAUGAAAAGGAACGCCGACCCAAAAGCUGGAUCGACCUUUCACGAAGUGGGAGGAUGGAAGGGGAAGGGGAAGGGGUUGGAGUGGAGUCACAACGUAACCGCGUGUCUCCUUCACUCUGUGGAGUCCAUUCCUUCUGGCAUCGACUACUGGAAUUACUUUCUUUCGGGGGCGAUUAGAUGGCUCGAAGCAGACAGGUUAGCCUCGGUUGUAGAUGAGGAACGCAUUUUAGCCUUGGUCUCAUCAAUGGAUUUCCGGGGAAGACGUGGAUUCAAACUGCGUGACAGCAUUUGCAAUUAUAGUCCCACGAGCGUACGGGCCGCUCACGGAAACUUGCAGCCCGGUCACAUCUACUACAACGAAGGAGAACUGCUGGAAGCCAACAUCAAUCGAAGCCCCAUUUCAUACCUCAAUAACCCUCCAGAGGAACGCGCUCAGUACGAAUACGACGUGGACAAGGGGAUGCAGCUGCUGAGGUUCGAGUCCGUCGCGGGAGACCCCUUGGCCUUGCUCACCUGGUUCCCCGUGCAUUCCGUGUCCAUGAACAACACCAACAAGCUCAUCUCUGGAGACAACAAAGGAGUUGCAGCCAUGAUCGUGGAAGCUGCCUUCAAUCCAGGUGCCUUACCUGGGAAGGGAUCAUUUGUGGGUGGUUUCGCAUCAUCAAACUUGGGAGACGUGAGCCCCAACAUCAAGGGUCCAAGGUGCAUCGACACCGGGGAACCGUGCGAUCCCGUCACUUCCGCGUGCGGUGGGUCCAACAAGAACUGCAUCGCGUUCGGGCCCGGUGACACCAUGGAGGAGUCCACAUGGAUCAUCGGGGAGCGCCAGGCCAACAAAGCCUUGGAACUUUUCGAGGACACAGCAAAUCUACGAAUGGUGACAGGGACGGUGAAAUACGUGCACCAAUUCGUGGACAUGACCAACGUCACCGUGGAGCGCCUAGAUAUUUUCGGUCACAUGCGUCAGCGGAGGACGUGCAAGCCCGCGAUGGGAUACAGCUUCGCAGCGGGAUGCAUGGAUGGAGCCGGAAUGUUCGACUUCACUCAAGGAGAAACGGACUCCAAUCCAUUUUGGAACUUCGUGACCGAUUGGAUUCAAGAUCCGACUCCCGAGCAGAUUGCAUGCCAUGCACCGAAGCCCAUCCUCAUCGAUACCGGCGAGGUGAGCUAUCCAGAAUGUCUAUAA